GUUUUGUUUUGACGCCUAGUCGAUCUCUAUAUUCGAGCAAAAAUGGCGGCAAAUUCAGACGAAGAAGUCUCGUCCUCGGAGAAGAUGCCUUUUUCGGUUCGUAGCAGAGCUAAAGAGGACUUUGAAUCAGAAAAAGAAGAAGAGGAAGUAAGCUCUACCUCUGAAAGUCAAGAAAGAAUUGAAGAAAAGCGGUCAUUAUUAGAGAUUGAAAGGACAAAAUCCUGGUUACAGCAACAAAAACUUGAUCAUGAUACACAAUUGACUUGUCUUCGUCUUGAACAAGCUGAAAGCCUAGACCCAGGUUUAAUCUCUGAAGAGUCCACUAUUGAGAAAAGAAUAUCCAGACUACAAGAUCGACUAUUUGAAGCAUCUGCAAAGUCAUCAUAUCAGAAAGCUCUUUUCGAACGAUUGGUAAAUGGGGAUUUUUUAAUAAAGAAGCUUUUCCCUGACACAGUAUCUCAAUCGCCGACAGAUCAUCAGCUAAAUCAAAUGAGGGAAUAUGGUGAAACUGUGUGCAAGUAUAAUGAGUUAUGCUCUGAAAUCCUCAGACAACAUCAGGCAAUGCUGGAAACUCAACAAGAACUGGAUCAAGUCAAACAACAGAGCCUUGCCAUGAAAAAACGAAAUAGAGAGCUCAUGGCAAAAUUAAAGGAUCUUCAAAGGCGGCAGAGUCAAGGCGAGCAUAACUCGUCAGAGGUGGAGGCAAUAGCAAAAGCAAAAGAUGGAUUAAAUGAUUCAAAGAGAAAACUUCGAGUGGUCGGCAAUAUUUUUCAGGGCUUGAUAGUCGGCAGCGGUAUCAACUGGGCAGCGGACGACAGCCUGAGACAGCUUAUGAUAGAGCUUGGAGAGAUCGUGCGGUAACUAUGGAAACGUACGUCACGAAGGAAGUGACCUCAGGCGAGUCUUAUUUUGGAUUGUCAUCAGAUCAUUAUAUAGAUAACAACCAGCAAAGAAAGAAUAAUCAAACGCCCUCUUUUUCCAGAAGAUUUUCUUAAGCUUUGUCACAAACGUUAUGUCUUAAGUAGAACUUGUUCUCUUGGCAAUGUACAUAGAUAGUAUAAUGACAAGUAAUAAAGUAUAUUUUUCGCAAAAA